UAAAUCAAUGGCCUCCGAAGGAAUCCUGUUGGGGAUGGGUAACCCCCUCCUUGACAUCUCUGCCGUUGUCGACGAAGACUUCUUGAAAAAAUAUGAUCUCCAACUCAACAAUGCAAUUCUUGCAGAGGACAAGCACUUACCCAUAUAUGAGGAACUUUGUUCCAACCCUAACGUGGAGUACACUGCUGGAGGUGCUACUAACAAAUCCAUUCGAGUUGCCCAGUGGAUGCUUCAAGAACCCGGUGCAACAAGUUAUAUGGGUAGCAUAGGGAAGGAUAAGUAUGGGGAUGAGAUGAAGAAAAACUCAAAACUUGCUGGUGUUAAUGUUCACUUUUACGAGGAUGAGUCUGCACCAACAGGAACUUGUGCUGUUUGUAUCGUGGGUGAUGGGAGGUCACUUGUUGCCAAUUUGUCUGCUGCUAACUGCUACAAAUUUGAGCAUUUGAAAAGACCAGAAAAUUGGGCAUUGGUUGAGAAGGCCAAGUACUUGUACAUUGCUGGUUUUUUCCUAACUGUAUCGCCAGAAUCCAUACAGCUUGUUGCUGAACAUGCAGCCAGUAAUAACAAGAUUUUCGGGAUGAACCUUUCUGCUACGUUUAUCUGCGAGUUUUUCAAGGAUGUUCAGGAGAAAGCUUUGCAGUAUGUGGACUAUGUUUUUGGAAAUGAGACAGAAGCAAGAACAUUCUCACAAGUUCAUGGCUGGGAGAUUGAUGAUGUUGAAGAAAUAGCUCUAAAGAUCUCCCAGUGGCCGAAAGCAUCAGGAGCCCACAAGAGGAUUACUGUCAUUACUCAGGGAGCAGAUCCUGUAGUCGUCGCUGAGGAAGGGAAAGUGAAGAAGUUCCCAGUGGUAUUGUUGCCCAAAGAAAAGAUUGUUGAUACUAUUGGAGCAGGGGAUGCGUUUGUUGGUGGCUUUCUAUCGCAGUUAGUUCAAGAGAAACCUACUGAAGAGUGCGUGAGAGCCGGUUGUUAUGCUGCAAGUGUGAUCAUCCAGAGGUCUGGCUGCACCUACCCAGAGAAGCCUGAUUUUCACUGA